AUGAACAAGGCUCACGCCCACCACACACCCAAGUCGAGGUCUCCAGCAACCACCCUCCUCCCCACCACGCCCCCUUUCCGCUCGACGCACCCCUGA